CAGUUCGUCUGCCAGUCAGCGUCAAGAUGCUAGUUAGAACUAAACUGAUUAUUCUGCUCUAUUUGUGCCUCGCGCUGCACUCGCAGGCAACGCGGGCAAAUCCUGCGGAGGAGCGCGCAGCUAGAACGAAGAACGAUGUCUAUGAUUGGAUAUCGAGUCUAUUCGGGGACUACGACAGCGACGAGUCGGAAGAGUAUUUAAUUUGUCGCAAUUGCACGGUUAUUGUGGGCCAGGCGAACAACACGAGUGCUACCAAUCCGCCAGCAACAGCUGCACCUACUCCAAGUGCUCCAACUGCUGCCCCAACUGCUGCUCCUGCCGUAACUACACCAGCUGCGGUGGCUCCUCCUGCUGAUACAGCUGCUGCUGCUCCGCCUGCUCCAGGUGCACGUUAACUAACAUCGCUCGAGCGGUUUCAUUAAUUUAAGUUACGAUUUGCUUAAAGGGAUUUGGUUAUACGAAUAGAAUAUGUCCGAUAUUUCUUAGACUUGUUUAGUAUUUGAUGAA